AUGUCAGAGAAGUUCUCGGCGACGCUUCGAAUUGGAGAUCUCAACGAUUUCAUAGCGCCAUCUCAGGCUUGCAUAGUCUCUCUCAAAGGACUCAAAGCCUCCUCAACCAAGCCCUCUGCUAAGCCUGAGGUUUCAACUUCUAGCAAGCAAUUGAAAACAGAACCAGUUAAAAUUUCACUCAAAGAUUGCUUAGCAUGCAGUGGGUGUGUAACAUCAGCGGAGACAGUUAUGCUGGAGAAGCAAAGUUUGGAUGAGUUCCUUUUUAAUAUUGAUAAGGGAAAAGCUGUCAUUGUCUCCCUAUCUCCUCAAUCAAGAGCUUCACUUGCCGUGUAUUUUGGAAUUUCACCACUUCAGGUCUUUAGGAAACUCACGACUUUUUUUAAGUCAUUGGGUGUAAAGGCUAUAUUUGAUACAAGUUGCAGUAGAGAUUUAACUCUUGUUGAAUCUUGUAAUGAGUUCAUCACAAGGUACAAACAAAGCCAGUCAACAGAUGAUAAAAGCUGUCAAUCUUCCUUGCCCAUGAUUUCAUCAGCGUGUCCAGGUUGGAUAUGCUAUGCUGAAAAACAACUUGGAUCCUAUGUUCUUCCUUAUAUUUCUUCAGUGAAGAGUCCCCAGCAAACAAUUGGAGUUAUUGUUAAAAAUAAUAUAUGCCAAAAAAUGGGUCUUCGGCCGGCUGAUGUGUACCAUGUGACUGUGAUGCCUUGUUAUGAUAAGAAGCUUGAGGCUUCACGUGAUGACUUUGUUUUUGAAGUUGAACAAUCCAAAACUAAUGAGAAUGAAGGUCUUAGGGUUUCAGAGGUAGAUUCGGUGUUGACAUCUGGGGAAGUUUUAGAACUGAUACAGUUAAAGGGAGUUGAUUUUAAAGGCUUAGAAGAGUCUCCUCUGGAUGGCAUGUUGACAAAUUUUAAUGAAGGGCAUCUUUAUGGAGUCCAUGGAAGCUCUGGGGGUUAUGCAGAAACAAUAUUCCGUUAUGCUGGUAAAGUGCUCUUUGGAAGAGAAGUCAAAGGCCCUGUUGAUUUCAGAACUAUUAAAAAUUCAGACUUCCAGGAAGUGACUUUGGAAGUGGAAGGGAAGACCGUAUUGAAAUUUGCACUAUGUUACGGUUUCCGGAACCUGCAAAACAUUGUCAGGAAAAUCAAAAUUGGAAAAUGUGAUUAUCAUUUUCUAGAGAUCAUGGCGUGCCCUUCAGGUUGCUUGAAUGGUGGAGGACAGAUUAAGCCACAGCCUGGGCAAUCUGCAAAGGAGUUGAUUCAGUUAUUACAAACAGCCUAUAUGGAAAACGUUUUGAUAGCGGAUCCUUUUGGAAACCCUUUAGUGCAAAGCUUAUACGAUGAGUGGCUUGAGCAUCCUGGUUCAGAGAAGGCUAAGCGACUCUUUCACACAGAUUACCACCCUGUCGUGAAAAGCAUAAGUUCUCAGUUACACAAUUGGUAA